AUGAUGAGUAAGUGUACUGCAUUUAUUCUGUCGAAAACGGAAAUUAUCACAAAUGCCCAUUGUGUGGAUGACGCCCCAUAUGUUUAUGUGGUAGCUGGUACGAAAGUUGUAUCAGAUGCAAACCAGAAAAUUAAAAUCAAAGUAGAAAAAGAGAACAUUGCAUGUCACCCUCAUUAUAGUCGUUUAAUUGUUGGUGGAUUUGAUAUUGCCAAAAUUACACUGAAAACGCCGUUGGAAUUCAGCAAUACCGUUGGUAAUAUCGAACUCGUGGAUAAGGAAUACAAAUUGAAUGACCCAUCAGAAGUGGUCACUGCCUAUGGAUAUGGCGUGUUGAACAAUAUCGGACCAUUGAUAUUGAGGCGUUGCGAUGCAAACUAUAUAUCUGAUGUCAAACGGGCCAACACAUACGACCCAUAUCAGACUUUGUGCUUUACCACUGGUGAAGCUACGAAUGAUGGCGAAAUUAUUACACACGGCGAUUCGGGUGGACCAGUCGUUUCAAAAACAAAUGGCAAAAUCGUGGGCAUAACUACGG